AAGGCGGGUGGGGCGCCAUGGCCGGCCCGGCGGCCGUGCUCCGCCAGUGCCCGCUGCUGUUGCCCCAGAACCGGGAGGGGACGGCCUACGAGGGCUUCCUCACCGCGCAGGGUAGAGACUUCCAUAUCAGGAUACUGUUACCAAUGGAUUUUCAACUGAAAAAUGCAAGGAUAGAGUGUAGCUGGCACCUAAAGAAGAUACUGCAUGGAUAUCAGCAUAUUUUAAAGCAGAGGUUGCACAGCUGUCUGGAUCUUGUCAGUUUUUUGGUGGAGCUGAAAACUAUUAUGGAAAUUGCCUUAAAGAACACACCAGAGCUGCACAUACCAUGGCCUCCAGAAUACUACUCCUGUCUUGUUAGAGAUAUAGAUAUAUUGGGUUGGAAUAACGUUGCAUAUGUGGAUACCAGUCUUACCACAGUCAGGCUAAAAGCUGAAGACUCAUGUGGUCGACAACAUCUAAUCACUCUGAAGUUAAGUGCACAGUACCCUACAGAACCACCGGAUUGCCUUGUGGAUUUUCCUGUUCAGUUUGCUGUUUCUUGGAUGCCACAGAACUCCUUAAUAGACAUUCAUAACCAGUUCUUGGCAGCAUUAGAAUCACUGAGAGGGUUCUGGGAUGCUAUGGAUGAAAUAGAUGGGAAUACAUGGGUACUUGAGCCAGAAAAUCCCACACGGAGUGCCACAACAAGAAGAAUUGCAAUAGGGAACAAUGUUUCAGUAAACAUAGAGGUAGAUCCUAGGCAUCCAAACAUGCUUCCUGAGUGUUAUUUCCUUGGAGCAGAUCACGUGGUUAAUCCUUUGAGAAUUAAGCUGAACAACAGCAUGCACUUGUGGGAUCCAGAAAUCAGCUUAUUACAAAACUUGAAAGACAUCUUAGAAAUUGAUUUUCCAUCUCGUGCUGUGUUAGAAAAAAGUGAUUUUACUAAGGACUGUGGAAUCUGCUAUGCCUAUCGACUUGAUGGCACUAUUCCAGAUCAGGUGUGUGAUGAUCCUCGAUGUGGACGGCCUUUUCAUCAGGCUUGCCUGUAUGAGUGGCUACAGGGUCUUCCUACUAGCAGACAGAGUUUUAAUGUCAUCUUUGGCGAAUGUCCAUAUUGUAAUAAGCCCCUUACACUGAAGUCUUCAAUGAAGAAACUCUGAAAAAAAAAAAAAAACCCAGCUUGAUAUGAACACCACUGCAAACUGAAGACAUUUGAAGCAGUUGCAUCAAAGAAAAUUCAAGGAAAGUAGUAUUAGUAACAGAAGUACAAGUAUACAUAUACUGUAGCAGUAUAUUUCUCUAGGAAAUGCAAGCCUAAAUCUAGAGAAUGUAUGAGAACUAUUAAUGUCAAAUCCAGUGUCUUGCAAAGAAACUAGAUUAUCUGUAGUUAAGUGUUGAUCUUGUGUCUUUUUGGCUUCCCAGAAUACUUCCUGAGAGUGGAAUUGUGGUAGAUCUCUUCCAGUGUCUCCCUGCAGGUUAAAAACAAACAAACAAAACCCAAAGAAUUUAGUAUUUCAGUGACAGCUGAAUCAAAAAAACAAAGAUACCAAAGAUGUCAUCUAGGUAAUGAAGUUAUCCCUGAGAAGGCAAUGCCAUUUUGUCAAAGCCUUAACUCUGGAAUUUGCAUGAAUUUAGAUGCGGUUAUUCCUUUUAAAUGCAUUAUGAUUUAGCCUUUGAAACAGCAAUUCUCCGUAUUUAUUACUGAAGUCAACAGCUGAUGAUGUUGUACCUUUCAACAGUGUUAAUACGUAAAAUAUUUAAAAUGUUCCUGCUAAUAAAGUUUUAGCCUGGAAACCU